AUGCCCAUUGGACUGGGAAUUGUUCAGCUGCGGUUUUUGGUGCUUCACUCCACGACGUUUUCACUGGCAUUCCGUCAGCUCCAACAAGUGAUGCCUCUUGUCAGUCAAAAACUCUGGCAGAAAAACUACCUGACGAAAGAUUCAGAUGGUGCAUCUGCAGCAUCCGUUCCUUUCUGCCUUCCAGGGCUGGCCGUGACUCUGAUGGAUGCCACCACAGACAAGGACCCGCAGGUCCAUGAGCAGAUCUUCAGCGCUCUGUGCUACCUGGGAGAAGCAGAGCCCGAAGAGGUCCUGAACGCCUGUGAGGAAUACCUGCGGCAGCAUGACAAGCUGGCUUACCCGCACCGGGUCAUUAUCCUGAGGGCCAUGGAGGCCGUGGUGAGGAGCAGCGUGUCCCGCAUGGACAAGAGCACGGCCAAGAUCGUCAUCUUCUUGGCAUCCAAUGAAAUGACCAAAUCCAAGGACGUCAUCGUGGAGUGGCAGGAGGCAGCCAGCAACGUCCUCGUGGCGGUCGGGAGGCGCUUCAUCAACACGGUGAUGGAGGAGGUGCUGAACAAGUUCCAGCCGGGCGUCCUGCCCCACUACUUUGUCAUCCGGACUUUUGCCAGCCUCUCGGUGGUGAAUGUCUUUGGGAUGGUGCCCUUUCUCACCUCCAUCCUGGGAACGAUGCUGCCGAUGCUGGGGAUGGCCAGGCAGGAUAGCAUGAAAGUCGUCUUCUGCUUUGCCCUGCAGAACUUCAGCGAGAGCAUCCAGGAGUACUUGGCUAACCUGGACCAGGCCCCGGACCCCACCGUGAGGCGGGACACCUUCUCCCAGGAGGUCUUCAGCGCGUACGAAGUGCUCUUCUACAGCUGGCUGCAGAGCCGGGAGGCCAAGCUGAGGCUGGCGGUGGUGGAGGCGCUGGGCCCCAUGAGCCACCUGCUGCCCAACGAUAAGCUGGAGGAGCAGCUCCCUCGCCUCCUCCCGGGCAUGCUGGCCCUCUACCACAAGCGCCCCGCAGAGGCCUACUAUGUCUCCAAGACCUUGUGCCAGAUCCUGGAAGCCUCCGUGAACAUCGGGAGCCGCACCCUGGACACCCAGCUGGACGCCCUCCUCAACGCCCUGCAGCUCCAGAUCAGUACUCCGCCAGACUCCUCCGUGCCAGUCCAGCUGAAGAACCACAACGAAGUCCUCCGGUGCUUCACUGUGCUGGCCGCUUCCUUCCCGGACCGUUUGCUGGGAUUUCUGCUUCCGAAGCUGGAGUCGGGCAACGAGAGGGUGCGGGUGGGGAUCCUGACCAUCCUGCGGCAGAUCAUCAACAGUGCCCCCUCUCAGAUGGAGAUCAAGAAGCCCUUCAUCCUCUCCUCCAUGAAGCUGCCUUUGCAGGACCACAGCAACAAGGUGAAGCGGGCUGUGGUUCAGGUGAUCAGUGCGAUGGCCCACCACGGGUACCUGGAGCAGCCGGGCGGGGAAGCCCUGAUCGAGUUCCUGGUCCGGCAGUGUGCCCUUCCCACUGAGCAGCCUCCUCAGCCGCCCCGGCGGCAGUCCCUGGAAACGGAGGACCUGAGUGACAGCCACGUCCGGGACAUCAGCGUCAACACCCUCUUCCUCAUCAGCACCACCGUCGACCGAAUGAGCGAGGUUCUUUGGCCUUCCCUCCUGGAGUUUGUGACCCCCGUCCACUUGACCGGUGCCCUGACCCCGCUCUGCAGGAGCCUCGUCCACCUGGUGGUGAAGAAGCAAGAGGAGGGCCAGAAGGAUUUCCAGCUCCACUACGACACCAACGCAAAUCUCCCGUCCCCCUGCGCACUGAUGUCCCGGCUGCUGGUUGUUGCUUCUCAGCCCUAUGGAGGGGAAGGCCGUGGGGCAGCCGUUCUGCGUCUCCUGAAUGUGCUGCCCCUCAAUAUCCACCCCGCUCUGGAGCCCUUGUGGGGCAAGAGGCUUCCCGAGUUAGUGGAGCAUCUGGAAGCAAACACAAAGGCGUCCCUGUGCCAGGAGGAGUGGGAAGACACACUGCUGAAGCUCCUCCAAGAGUCCCUGACGGCCGUUUUGGACUCCUCGUGGACGUCUCAGCUGACCUUGGAAAUGUGCCGGCAGCUGAGCAGCUACAACGGCUCGACCAUGGAGAAGAACUUCCUGUACAAAUGUAUCGGGACUGCCCUGGCUGCCUGGGCAAACAAGGACCUGGUGCAGAAGCUGCUUCAGGAGCUGCUGGAAACGGCCAGAUACCAGGAGGAGGCCGAGCGGGAGGGCCUGGCCUGUUGCUUGGGGCUGUGUGCAGUCACCCACCUGGAUGAAACCCUGGCCAAGCUGGAGGUGUUCGUAAAGUCGGACGUCUUCCGGAAAUCUGCGGGGCUCUUCAGUAUCUUCAAGGACCGCAGUGACCACGAGGUGGAGAAGGUGAAGAGCACCCUCAUCCUGUGCUAUGGCUACGUGGCCAGGUAUGCCCCCAGCGAACUGGUGCUGGCCCGGAUAGACGCCGACAUCCUCCGCAACAUCUUCUUCUACUUCAACACCAAGGUUCUGGGCAUAAAGGUAGAAACGAAGGACCUGUCGCUCAAGCUGUGCCUCAUCCAGAGCAUCUGCAUGGUCUCCCAGGCCAUCUGCAACACCACGCAGUCCGGGGACUUCACCUUCUCCCACAAGGCCGAGCUGGUUGCGCAGAUGAUGGAGUUUGUCAAGGCAGAACCCACCGACUCCUUGAGGACGCCCGUCCGCCAGAGAGCCAUGGCUACCUGCGUGUACCUGGUCUUCCUGGAGCCCCCCCUGAGUGACGCGGAGACAGCCGAGCUGCUGGACACCUGCCUGAGCAGCGUGCUUGCCCUCCCGGAGGAGGCAGAAGCCCUGAGGGAGAAGGACGGGACGGGGACGGAGGCCAGGCAGAAGGAGACUCUCUGGAGAGAGGCCCUCGACACCUUCAAAGACCUGCUGAAGGGCAUCCUGCAAAGGAACAUGACCCCCCAUGGGCUGCAGACCAUGUUUGAGCAUCUGGGCCCCUGGAUCAAGUCCACCAAGGAGCACGAGCGGGAGCGAGCCGUGGAGGUAGCGGCUGUGGUCUUGGAGUUCUAUCGGGAGAAGCUGAACGUCAGCACGGUGGUCCCUUUCUACAACCUGGGCCUGCUGAUGGCGCUGUUCUCCCCCCGGUGCACGGACUCACUGGCCAGCGUCCGCAGGCGUGCCAUCGAUUGCGUGCAUGCCCUCCUCUACAUCCAGCUGUGCUACGAAGGGUUUUCUCGGGACCACCGAGAUGAGUCCGUGGAGAAGCUGGCAGCCUUGAAGCUGGGCCUGCGGGAUCCAGACGUCAACACCCUCUUCCAGGCCUGCUGCAGCAUUGCCAAGGUCAUUGCCAAGCGCCUCCCUCCCGAUCAGCUGCUGAGCCUGCUACUCUCCUUGCUGGAGGGGCUGGCGGAUCCGGACCGCAACUGCUCCCGCGCAGCCGCCGUGAUGAUCAACUCCCUCCUCAAGGAGCGGGGGGCCGUCCUGCUGGAGAAGGUGCCCGAGAUCCUGGGGGUGGUGCACGCCAAGCUGCAGGAGGUGGACGAGGAGCACGUGCGGAAAGCUGCCCAGCAGACCGUCUUCAUCCUGGCCUCCCAGCACAAGGCCGCUGUUGUUUCUAGCCUCCUGGGCCACCCCCUGCCCCUGGACAGCUGCACAGGCACCCUGUGGAGGGCGCUGGCUCCCGACCCCACCCUGGCUUCCCAGGUCAUAGAACUGCUGCUGGAGAAGAUCAACCGGGACGUCCCCUACAAGGAGAACAAGUCCUUCCUGCGGGGGAGCAACGCGGAGCGCGUGGCCACCCUCCUGCCCCUCUCCGCCACAUGUGCUCUGCAUGAACUCCUGUCUGUCCCGGAGUCUGGGCCUGCUGUGGUGGGCCUUUACGCGGAGCUCUUUGUGACACUGCUGCUGCGGGUGAGCUGCACGGUGGGCGUCCAGUUGCCCAAGCACCUGCCCUCCAGAGAGAGGAAGAGCCUUAUCUGUGGGCCGCCCCCCCGGGCUCUUGACCCCUGCAGCUCUGCCGUGGAAACCCUGAAGGCCAUGUUGAUCCAGGGGGGCAGCGGGACGGUCACCAGAGCCGUGGCAGAUGCCGGUGGCUGGGAGCUGCUGCGCAGUAUGGAGAAGCACCACGAAGGCGUGGCCCUGCUGGCCAGUGCCAUGGCAAAGAACGCUGGUCCCAAGCUCUCCCCGAUUGUCAAGAGCCUCGUGCCCAUGCUGAACAGCAUCUACGACAGCCAGAGGGUCACCACCAUGGCCUUCUUCGCAGAGCUCCUCAAGAGCAAAGUGGUCAGUGACCUGAUCCUCUUGGAAUCCAUGAUGGACAACAUGACCACCCGCCAGAGAGACCCUUGCACAGCCGUGCGCAUGCUGGCUCUGCGGGGGCUGGGCAACAUGGCCUUGGGCUCGCCAGGAAAGGUGAGGCAGCACGGCACCCAGCUGCUGGCUUCCAUGGUGAACGGCCUGGACGACAAGGACGACCCCCACCACACGGUGGCCCUGGAAGCCAUGGGCAGCCUCUCCCGCCUCUUGCCCUUCACCGAGGAGAGAGACGUCCGCUCCCUGCUGCUCCACAUCGCCAUCCGCAUCCGGCCCUUCUUUGACAACGAGAAAGAGGCGCUCCGCCAAUCCUCCAUCGUCCUCUUUGGGAACCUGACCCAGUUCAGCGCGGGGAGCUGCGAAGACGCCUUCUUUGAGCAGAUCCUCAACGGCCUGGUGACCCUCCUCCUCCACCUGCAGGACCCCCAGCCAGAGGUCAUCAAGGCCUGCAAGUUCGCCCUGCGCAUGUGCGGCCCCAGCAUGGGCUGCCCCAUGCUCUGCGACAUGUUUCAAAACCACCUCCAUGAGGACCGGAGCCUCCAUUACGGGGAAUUCCUGAAUGACGUCUGCAAACACCUGAUGCAGAAUUACCCAGACAUGCUCAACCGCUUGAUUGCCACCAACCUCUUCUACUUCAAGAGCAACUGGGCCGACAUCCGCGCUGCGGCUCCCAUGUUUGUGGGCUUCCUGGUUCUGCACGUCGACAGAGAGCACGGCCAGCAGCUGGACCUCGAGGAGCUCCUGGCAGCACUCACCGUCCUGCUGAAGGACCCUGUGACAGCCGUGCGCGUCAAAGUGGCGGAGACCUUGGGCCGCCUGGUUAGGAUUGCUUGAGGGGCUCUACUCUGCAGCCUGGGACCCCACGGGACAUGGCUGGACCCUCCUUCCCAGGCCCUGCCCCUCGGGGAGGGGCACCUCGUCUUCCACAGCAACCGGGGCCACCCAAUGCACGCUGAACUGCAACACCCAUCUCAACGAGAAGAGCUGCUCCCCAGGACUCUUCCGCCACGACAGCAUCUUUUGAACUGUGAUUUUAGGUUUUUAAAUGGACUUUUCUGUGCCAGGGACAUGCAAGGGCUGGCUGGUCCGGGCACUAGGGAACAAAAUGGUUACAGGGCUGCCAUUUUCACAGUCCUCCCCUUACAUUCUACCACCCCCUUCACCUGUCACCCCCUUCCACACACCCCACAUUCCACGGACCCCACAUUCCUGGCCUCCCCCUCCACUGGGCCCACUUCCCACCCACCAUGGCCAUUGGCAAGGCUCACCCCCCUGCCUCCCUCGCCCCACUUGCUCACUCUCACGUCUCCCCCUGGCCGGGGCUCUGGGGCUGCCCUUCUCCUUCUGGGGCUUCCACGGAUUCGUUCCACGUUCCUCCCAGCAGGAACUUCUGUGUGUGUACAUAAAACCAGACUGCUUAUUUUUAAAUAAAGUUCUUCGCUUCUCAGAAAA